AUGCUUGUCAACCGAGUGAAAACAUCCCUCAAAGCAGUUCCAAAUUGUAUAGCUUUUACUAGGUACUCCAGUACAAGUUACAAUUCACUUCUUCAUAACUCGGUGGAAAGUAUCAAUCAAAUAUUGGAAAAGAGUGAUCGAUCCUCAUACCUCUUGGCUCAAUACAUCCCCGAACCAGCUCGAAAUACAUUUUUAGCUAUUAGAGCAUUCAACCUUGAAAUUAGCAAGAUUAAUGAAGGUGGGAAGAAUGUACAAUCUCGAGCAUCCAUGGCAUCAAGGCAAAUGACCCAAACUUUGGGGGUGUCAACUGCAGAUUUGAAAUUCAAAUUUUGGAGUGAUUUGUUACUACGAGUGUUCACAGAUGAUCCAAAUAGUCUGCAAGAUUUGGGUGAACCAAUUGCUAUUUUACUAAGAGACGGGUUGAGAAAUAAUAUGAAUAUAGAUUUGUCUUACUUGCAAAAGUAUUUACAAACUAAACGUUCCUUUAUAAAAAAUAAUGCGUCGUUUGACACCACUAAUGAAAUAUGCAGUUAUGGUGAAGGAACUUAUUCUCAACUCAAUUAUUUGACCCAACAAGUGUUGCUAUCUCCGUCUAUAUCUCCAUCAUCGAUUCAACUAUUACAAAAUUCCCCCAUUUUACAAUCACUCGUUACGGAUAUUGCAGCUCAUAUAGGCCAGGCAACAGCCAUAGCGGCAAUGAUUACUGGAUUGAGGUAUUAUGCGUCGACGAGAAACCAAGUGCCACUUCCAGUUGAUGUUAUGAAUAAUCAUGAUAUAUCUCAGGAGAGUGUUUUGAGAUUAUUUCAAGGACAUAUAACCGAUCCAAAAGAUGAACAGGACUUGAAAAACAAAUUGAAUCUGGUUGUUUAUGAUACAGCGAUUGUUGCAAACGAUCACAUGUUGACGGCAAAUAAAAAAUUAAAUGACUUCAAGAAGGAGGUAGGACAAGUAGUCAGCAUGCAUUCAAAUGAUAAAAAUUUCCGAGCUUUUGCCAAAAAAUGGAGAGGUAAUAUACCCGAUGCAAUUUUCACUCCUUUGAUGGUGGGCAUCCCCACGAGUCUAUAUUUGAAAAGAUUGGAAAAACAUGACUUUGAUGUAUUGAAUACCAACUUACAGCAACCAGAGUGGAGACUUGCUUGGUCGUCGUUCAAAGACUAUUAUUUCAGGAAGAUCUAG